UACAAGCGCCUGAACGCGGCCCUGGAGGCGAAGGCGGCGGCGCUAGUGCGCCAGGCCGAACAGGUGGUGAGGGACCAGCAGGAAGCCUCGGCCAGGCCCAUCCCGGCCCGCGGCGACGCGCUGGAGGAGGCGGCCCAGGAGAGAGAUUUAAGUUCUCCUGAACUGUCAAUUCUUCCUCUUGCACUUAAUAAGCAGCUAUACAAGAAGAAAUCCAGCACUGUGCCUACAAUGCGGGGCAGGCCGCUGACAGGAAGAAAGGGGAAAAGACUUCUCUUAAGUACAAAAUCAAGAUUACAGGAUGUCCCAAGCACUCCUGAUGUUGCAGCCUCAGGCUGCUCUCUGACAAAAAUAAUUGGGAGAAUUGAAGGGCAGCUGGAAGAAGGAAACCUGCCUGAUCUGGAAGAUAAUCUUAUCCCAAGUACAGGAAGUGAACUUGGAGCAGAGGCCCAGAUCCGGUUCCUAAAGGCAAAGCUGCGGGUGAUGCAGGAGGAGCUGGAUGCCAUGGGGCAGGAAAGUAGCAAGAAGGAUGAUGAGAAUGAAAAUCUGAACAGCCGCCUUAAGGAGGCCGAAGAAGAACGCGGACGGCUGCAGCGCGCAGCCAGCCUACACCAGUCUCAGGUAGAAAAGUAUAAAAUGCUGUCGGAGGAAGCCAGCCGAAAAAGUGAGGGUCUGCAACAGAAACUCUCUCUGCUAGAAAAGGAACUGGAAAAUCUGAAGCGAGCACAAAAACAAGCUGCAGCAACCCAGAGCACGACGGACAUUCGCUUGAACAGAGCUCUUGAGGAAGCCGAGAAAUACAAAAUGGAACUGAAUAAAUUGAAGCAAAGUAACAAGGAUGUGGUCAACCAAGAGCAUAAAAAACUUGAAGAACUAAAAAUUGAAAAUAAGAGGCUGGAGAAACAAAAAGAAGAGCUCGUGGCAGGUUUCAAGAAACAAUUAAAACUAAUUGACAUUUUAAAAAGACAAAAGAUGCACAUUGAAUCUGCCAAGAUGCUUUCCUUCACUGAAGAGGAAUUUGUGAAGGCCCUGGAGUGGGGCAGCUCUUAAUUCAAAACACAGCAUCGCUCCUCAACAGGAGAUGGGAAUCAUUGCCCGAAGAUUGAAAUUGAAGGGAAGGCAGAAUAUAUGCUUCAUACUUAGCCCGUUUGCCUCUUCCCACCAACAUUUUUGCCAAUAGCUGUUUCCUCGUUCUCCAUCACUCAGCAAAGUUAACCUGACCUUUGCCAACCCUUUUAAUUUGGGAGCUGUGAGUAAAUUUCCAGGCUAUUGAAAUAAUUUGAAUGCUCAUCAUACUCCAUCAAAACAAGUGUCCCUUAUUUUUUAUAAUUUGAAGUAGGUUUAUAAAGGAUUUUUUUUUCAAAAUAAAAGUGCAGGCAAUAAUUUAAUUGAUCUGGAGCAUUUUUUCAGUUAAUAUAAUAGAAGAAAUGUCAUAGUACAUUGUAUCCAAAGAAGUAGCUAAUUGGAGAAGUGACAGCUGCAGCCACUGGAAAAAGCUAUCAACAUUCAGGGAUGCCCCACAAUGGCAAGGUUUUUGGGCUUGUUUUAAAUCACUAAGCAGAGGAUAAUGCAAGUUACUUGUUAAAAAUGCUUCCAGCACUUGGAAUUAUCAAUCUACCUUCAAAGAGAGCUCUAGUUCUCUCAUGUAAAAUUAAAUCCAGGUACUGAUUUCUAAAAGAGAGCCAGUAUGAUAUAGCAGUUAAGGUACUGGAAUGGCAUCAGGGAGAUCCAGAUUCAAAUCCACCCUCAGCCAUGGAAGCUCCCUGGAUGAUUUAGGGCCUGAUACUUUAUUUUAGCCCAACCUACCUCACAGGAUUGUUUUGGGGAAGAAUAAGGGGAGGGAGCACUAUAGAUCAUUGUUUCUCAACCUUGGCAACUUUAAGAUGUGUGGACU